CACGUCCUGCAUAACGAUGUUAGCCAGCUAGCAUUAGCGUUACGCUACCAAAUCCUUACCGAAAACCCGAAUAGUAUUGCGCAUGUGCAGCAAUAAAGGUUUUCGUGAGCCUUCGUGCUGCUUUCACGUACCGUUACUAAGUUGGAGUUUCAAAAUUAUUAUUAUUAUAGUCUUUAUUGUCAAGCGCCCGGGGAGCAGUGUGUAAAUGAUAACAAAUGUAUGACAAGGCCGUGAGUUUACCAUUAGAUAUAAAAAAAGAUGGCGUGGAAUCGCUAAAAGUUAAUGUGUAACAGUGUUAAAAUCAUAACUUGAGAUGCUCAGCAAUGUUAUUUCACGGCACGAUACUUCAUUUCAAUUUCAUUAGCUCUAACAUGGCCAUUAUCUUUUUCCCUUUUUUGUAUAAAAGUUGAAUAAACGUGGUGAUGAGCUGGUCUUGAGUCCUGUAAAUUCCUACAUACAUUCAAAGUGCAUUGCAUUGUCAAUACGUUCUUGAAAAUGCUGACCCCUUGUUUUGUACCGUUUUUUGCAUGAUUUGACGCGAUUUACAUUUUGCUAAAGAACGUCCACCAACGUAAUUCUCCUGAUUGAAGUUACAUGCGUUUAUUUUUUUAUUUAUUUCAAAGGUCUGGUCUCCACAACACUGGAGUAGCCGCACUGUCGCACAUGCGUAGAAAACGUCGGGUUUCUGGUACGGAUCGGCUCCGAUACUAGCUGUUAGCUGCUUAAAUCCUAGCAUGCUGCUAACCCAGCUUGUUGACAUCUUGAUUCCAGUAAACACACACAACAACAACAACAACAUAAUAGCAGCGUCAGCGCAGCUUUAGCUUCGUGGGUUUUUUUUCAGCAUACAUUUGUUUACUUCUUUCUUUAUCCAUGUUUUUAUUCUGAGAAAGUAGUGAAACUUAAGGGGCCACUUAGAAAUGAAUGAGAGUUUGAAAAGUAAAAGUGCUGGUCAUUGUGAGCCAUGCUGUAUAAAUGUAAGACAACGGUAACUGUUUGUGUUUUGUUUUUUUUUAUUAUCAUGGCUUUUACAAAAAAUAGUAUUUAAAAGCUAAAGCUAUUGAACAAGAAAACUGAAAAAAAAUCAUGUUUCCAAUUAGCAGUUAGAGCAGAGAGCAGGACAUAAAUGAUGAAGGCAUACCUAAACUCGGGUGUGGUGAUAAUCACAUGUUGAAUCAUCCCGAGACUGUUAUCAGUGAAAUAACAGGUGCAGUUUGUGCAUUGCUUCCUUUUCUGUAGCAAAAACAAAACAAAUGCUUAGCAUUUAGGCUACUGCCUUUGAUCUGUGGCACAAUCCAGCCUUACCACAGAAAACCACAAAAAGAUGAAAGUCAGAAAAUGGUUUUAGUAGAAUGACAACUGGUUACAACAGCAGAAUGUCUGUGGAACUGUAGCUUGUCUGCUGAGGACCUAACGACAUCAUGGCCUCAUCACAUGAUUCUCAUCAGACUUUUGGGGAGUUAUUCCUCAUCCUCAGUGAGAUGGGUUUUUCAGAGGAGCAGAUCCAGGCAGCUGUGGCGGCGGGGAACUUCUCUGUCCCUGAUGCAGCUGAUUGGCUCCUGCAGGGUCAAUACCCACGACACAGUUUGCUCAAAAAGUCCAACCAGUCUGCUGAGUCAGCGAUAUCCGCAUUCAACCCCCCGAAAGAAGCAGCGUCAACGUCAUUCAUGCUCACAUCUCCCAGUGAAGCGUUACCAUCACCACCGUCUGACAACUCAUCCCCUGAACCCCUGACUGUCGAGUCUCGCCUCAAAUUAGACACUAGUGACUUUGAAGCGCAAGAAAGACAACGUCUUGCUCAAGAGGCCAAAGCAGAGAGGAGACAGAAGCAACAGGAGCGUGAAUUAGUGUUAAAGCGAAUAGCUGAAGAUCGUAAGAGCCAGCAGCAGAAAUCACAGACGGGCACCGUCACAGAAAUGUCUCCCCCCAGUGGACAAGGACAAAGACUUGGAGGAACGAUUAAGACCAAUGUUGACAAUCAGUGCAUCCUCAUGAUUCGACUGCCAUCCGGCGAGUCUAUGCGUGAGCGCUUCCCAGCCGACGCCCCUCUGUGCAGCGUGAUGGAGCACAUCUCCAGAUGCCAUCCCGCUCUGACUUCCUUCUCUCUCCUCCAGGGUUUCCCUCGGAAACGUUUCGGGAAUACAGAACUCUCUUGCUCUCUGAGAGACCUUGGUCUAACACCUAACGCUGCACUAUGUAUUCAGACCACUCCCCCAGAAACGCCUCAGGAUGCUCCAGGUCCUGCAGCUCCAGGUCCUGCAGCUCCAGGUCCUGCAGCUCCAGGUCCUGCAGCUCCAGCACCUUCAGUCGGACAGAAUGAAGAAUCUCCUCCUCCUCCAGCUCCUCCUCCAGUUUUCAUUCCUCUUCCUGAAGAUGCUGCAGGGCAGAACAUGCAUCUUCCCCCUCCACUACCCAACCGUCUGUGGGAGGAGGCAGUAAAUUAUGCAGGGAUUCCUGAGGCUGGUCCUUCACUGUCUCGGCCAUCACACUCCUGGGGACGUGGCCAGAGGUUGGUCGCUGCAGAAGAAGCGGCUGCAGGGAUUGAGGUUGAUCCAGAGGAGGAAGAGGAGUACGAACCACUCAACAUGAUCGGUACGGUACAGUACUGCGCUCCUGACUCUGGGUUUACAUAAAAACAAGUUUUUGUCCUUCGGUGACACAGUCAGCUGACCUCGGGAUUCUGGUGAAAACUUUGUUUUGUCUAUUUUUAUCUUGUUCUCACUGUGUCUUUUCCAAACCGUUAGCUAUUCAGGUCAUGUGUGUGUGUGUGUGUGUGUGUGUGUGACUCGGGGACACAUUAUGUGCUGCUGACUCAUGUACUGUACGUUGCAUAAGUUUCCAGUGCAGGGGACAUUAGAGAGCCUGUCCCAGUAACAUGUGUCAUGCAUUACAAGGAUUAGGAAACAUGUAGGUGAACGGCCGAUUGUGUCAGACAAAGAGCAUACAGGGAGAGAGCAGGCUGAGCUCCACCAAUCAGAGCCAGGUUCUCCCAGUGCUUAAAGCUGGUCUGACUUUAAGUUUGUCAGAGUAUGUGGUUGGGAUACAGUGUUCAGUCUGUGUGGAAGAGAUCCAGAAAUGAUCAUCAUCAAAGGUGUGGGAAUGAUUUAGGAAAAGGGUUUGAAUUUGGUCUUGUUGCC